AUGGGAGGGCAGAGAAUCCAAGUCCCUUAUACGGUGUGCCUAACAGGGCCUUAGGAGAUAAUCCCGCGGCUUUUUACGACGGCGCAGGGAGACGGCUGCUUCUUUUAGCUCCGACGAGUUCAGAUUUCAAUUCGCGUUACCAUUACGUUGUAGAGAUGGCGUUUGUAGUGCCACAAGGCUGGUAUUCAAUUCAUUACCCGGCAAUACAAUCGGAGGCGGCGUCACACUACAAAUUCCGACGUCCAAGUACGCCGUGCUUUCUAUCUUUUACUUCAAAGUUUCAUAAUUUCUGCUCCGGAAUCCAGUUCCUGAAAGCCCCAUCUCGGAAACCGAUUCUGGGACGUGGGUUUUCGCGGGAGAGUUCGCUGCUCGAAGUGUCGUCGGCCGGCCAGCUGAUUAAGGACUACGUGGAGGACGGGAACUUCGAAGAUGCAAUCACCAUUUACGUCAAAGUUCUUGAAUUUGGUCUGCCGGUUUCGGAAUUUCGAUUCUUUCCCUGUUUGAUUAAGGCGUUCGGGGGGCUUUGUGAUGCCGGAAAGGCUCGCGAGAUUCAUGGGCACGUUUUGAAAUUAGGAGUUUUGGAUGAUGUUUACGAUGUCAAUUCGCUUUUGGGUGUUUACUGGAAGUGCGGGGCUGUUGAGGAUGCAAUCCAGCUGUUUGAGAAAAUGCGUGAGAGAGAUUUGGUUUCUUGGAAUACUAUGAUAUCUGGGCUUUUGCCAUUGGGGAGAUUAUAUGGGUUCGUUGAGGAUGUUUAGUCGGAUGGUUAAUGAUUACUGGGUGUUGCCGAACUGGGUGGCUUGCCUUUCGGCUCUCUCGUCGUGCUCCUUCAGUUCAGUGUUCAGUUCAUGGAAGGGAAAUUCAUGGGUUUGUUGUGAAAAGGGAGAUAGCUACAGAUCAGUUCUUGGUUAGUGGAUUAAUCGAUAUGUACAUGAAAUGUGGGGAUGUAAAGAAUGCGGAAUAUGUUUUUGGGAGCAUUGUUUAUGAAGAAUCGAUCAGAGGGAAUCCGGUGAUAUGGAAUGUGAUGAUCUCGGGCUAUGUUGCGAACGGGCGUUUGCCACAAGCAGUGGAGUUGUUCCUAGAGAUGUUAGAAAUUGGUUUAUCACCAGAUACUUCCACAAUGGUCGCUGUUAUAGGUUUGUGCUCUCAGCUGUUGGAUUUAGCAUUGGGAAGGCAAAUCCAUAAGUUCUGUUAUAGCAUUCAAUUGAACCAUGAUGCAAGAGUUGAAACGGCUCUUAUGGACAUGUAUUUUAAAUGCGGUGAUAGCAAAGCUGGUCUUGAAAUCUUUCAAAGAUCUCAAAAUCGUAACAUUGUCAUGUGGGGAGCUGUCAUCUCAAAUUUCGCUCAAAGCAGUCGUCCUCAUGAGGCAUUGAAUCUGUUCCAUAACCAUGCAUUAGAAUAUGGCUUUGUGGAUUCUGCCAUCGUAUUGGCUGUUCUGCGAGCCUGUUCUUCCUUGGCUGUUAGGCCUAGAGGCAUGGAAAUCCAUGGGCUAGUAGUCAAAAUGGGGUUUGAUUCAGAUGUUUUUGUCGGAGGUGCCUUAGUCGAUAUGUAUGCGAAAUGCAGAGACAUGGAGUCAGCUCAAAUUGUCUUUUAUAGACUACCUGCUAGAGAUUUGGUAUCUUGGAAUGCCUUGAUAUCUGGAUAUACUCGGAAUGAGUUUCCAGAUGAAGCUUUAAAGGCAUUCCUCGACAUGCAGUCCGAUGGAGUCAAACCCAAUGCCGUGACAGUUGCGAGUAUGCUGUCAGUUUGUGCUCAGUUGUCAGUCAUGAAGUCGUGCAAGGAGAUUCACAGUUACCUUUUACGACAAGAAUUUGAGUCCAAUGUUCUUGUGAGCAAUUCCCUUAUAACUACCUAUGCAAAAUGUGGAGACAUGAAGAGCUCAUGGGCUAUAUUUGUGAGCAUGCCUGAAAGAACUGAAGUAUCAUGGAAUUCAAUUCUUUUGGGGUUAGGAAUGCACGGCCAUGCGGAUGAAACAUUCGGUUUAUUUGAGAAAAUGGAAGCAGCAGGAAUGAAGCCUGACCAUGCGACUUUUACAGCUCUACUGUCUGCUUGCAGCCAUGCAGGGAGGGUUGAAGAGGGAUUGAAAUAUUUUAAACGUAUGGUCGAGGAUUUCACAAUUGAACCUCGACUUGAACAGUACACCUGCAUGGUUGAUCUUUUAGGCCGAGCUGGCCAUCUAAAACAUGCAUACGAUAUUAUUUGGCAAUGCCUUGUACCCCAGAUGAUCGUGUAUGGGGAUCAUUGCUCGGAUCAUGCAAAAUUCACGGUGAUGAAAGACUUGCAGAAGUUGUGUCUGAUCAUAUCUUUGAACUCGAUCCCACUAGUAUUGGUUACCGUACACUUCUUGCAAACUUGUAUGAAGAGUAUGGGAAAUGGAAUGAUGUUACUAGGAUUAGAUCGGAUAUCAAAGGCAGGGGGCUCAAGAAGACACCUGGCUGCAGUUGGAUUGAAGUCGAUAGUAAUGUUCAUGUAUUUAUGGCGGGUGAUCAGUCUCAUAAGCAGUUGGAGGAGAUAUAUGCUACAGUUGAAUGUUUAACAAAUGAAAUAAGGAAGGCAGGAUAUAUUCCUCAAUCACCUACAGUAAGUGUUCGGCAUGAUGAGGUUAAUCAUGAAAAUCUUUCAUCAUUUAAAGACGAUGAUUUGCUGUUUCCGGUUGCAAGUAGAAACCAUAGCCGAACAGGUUCAGCGGAAUUGAUGAUUGGAUGAUUCUCAGUCAAUUGCUAUGCCAUGUUGGUAUUAAUAGAGAGGAAACCCUUUCAGUGUUUCGAGUGAUUGAGGAGGAUUGAGAUAUUCCCAUUCAGUGAGGCCUAUCCAUCUAUCUUUGCAAGCUGUUGGCCUUUGCAUAUGGAAGCAUUUCGAGAUGUUUUGCAGUUGGCCAGUUGCAACAAGUGGCUCAGUCUCUGCGGGAUUCUGGAAUACAAAUGAUUAAACUGACGGAUGACGUACGUAAAGUUUUAGUCCCGUGAUCAUCCCAUUGAAAGCAGAUGAAACUGAAUCAUCUGCUGCGAAAACAAGGACAGUGUUAGAGUGCUCAUUGUUGCUUCACGAUGGAUGUUGCACAACCUCUACGACAGUUAGUCAAAGCUUUCUCGAUGGGAAUGGCUACUGAUGCUACAUCGCAACCAGCGUGUUGAAAACGUGUUUCUAAAGAUGUAGUGCACCAAUUUUCUGAAAUUCGUAAGAACCCGUCUGUACAUAAAACAUGAAGAUUGCAGAUCCCGGUUAUGUGAAAUGCAUUUCUAAUUUGUAUAGCA